AUGGUCACUCCUCCACCGGCAAUCAGAAUACUCCCAGCGGAACCGAAAGACAGUCAUGCCCUCGCCGAAGUUGAAUUUAAUGCAUUUUCUGUUGACCCUGUUUCCCAGGUUAUGUUCGGAAAGCCCACACCAGAAAUGAUUGAUUUUCGGGCCAGAGAGUUUGUGCAGGGUAUGGAGAAGAAGGAUCCUAGGAGACUCUAUCUAAAAGCCGUUGUGAGUGAAGACGAUAAGAUCAUCGCCCUGGGUGUAUGGUAUUUCUAUCGGACCGAGGAAGAGGCCAACGAUAUUGAGGUCCAGGAUGCGAAAAAGAAGCAAUGGCCGGCGGGCGCGAAUGUGGAGGCAUGCAUAGAUUUUCGUGAGAAUAUUUAUAGAAUGCGGGAGCGGAUGCGUGGAAAGAGGCACGCUUUCCUCAAUGUCCUCACGACGGACACUGCCCACCAAGGCCUUGGUGCUGGCUCCGCCAUGCUGAAAUACGGCAUCGAAAUUGCCGACAGAGAAAACCUUCCCACCUGGCUAGAGGGAUCUCAAAAGGGGUACCCAUUGUAUAGGAAGUUUGGAUUUGAAGAUGUUGACCGAUUUGCUUUUGAUCUAUCAAAGUAUGGAGGCGAGGGGGAGAGAGUUCUCGUUGGGAUGCUGAGGAGUGCAAAACAGGACUAG